UCUGUUUUCACCAUCGAGGAACCCGAGGAGGAGAGCAUGGCGUCGUCGUUAAUAAGGACGGACGCAAGCCGGUGUUGGCGUGAGGCGAAGGGAAUUGUCGCACAAUGCACGCAAGGGUCAGACAGAGCUUCACGGAAGUGAGAGACCCCGAGGCAGGAGGGGCACAGGGUGUGCGGGUCGUCUGGCUGCAGCGGCGCGAAGCACGCUCGACAGGCAAUAGGCCCCAUAGCAGGCGGUGCACACAGAGGAUCCACGGCGGACGGGAGUAAUACGCACACGGUUAUUGGACCAGCGAUGCAGUAGGCCGUGGCGAGCGAGUGCAGCUGAUAUCUGACAGUGAGAAAGAAGUGAGGGGCUGGUGUACAUGUGACCGACCCCAUGGCCUCAUCCUCCGAGGUUAACGUCCAUGUGGAGGAGGUGGUGGUGGUGACCACUCCCGACGGCUCAGACGCGAGCCCCUCGGGGGAGGAGGUGAAGAACAUGCUAGAAACUGCAGCCCUGGAACAACCUGGGGCGGACAUUAUGGAGCAGAGUUUGGAGUCAGAAUCCAGUCCAACCACCAUCUCCCUGCCAAAGGAAGCAGUUCUUGUAAAGAUUUCAGAAGAUGUGGACAUGGAGGCAGACAUCCUUUAUCAAAUAACGUGUGGAGACAGCAAGGCUGACCUAGUGUGGAAGAAAUUUGUCUGCCCUGGCAUCAACGUCAAAUGUGUACAGUUCAACAAUCACCUGAUCAGUCCAAAAGAGUUUGUGUACCUGGCUGGAAAAUCCACUCUGAAAGACUGGAAGAGAGCGAUUCGCCUCAAUGGGACAAUGUUAAGGAAGAUCAUGGACUCUGGAGAGCUAGACUUCUACCAGCACUCCAAGCUCUGCUCCAACACGUGCCGCAGCACAAAGAUCGAUCUUGUGGGGACCCGAGCCUCACUCAGCAGCCAGCAGUCCACCGAGACUGUGCCUGCCACGCCAGUUUCUGCUGAUGUUAAUGGAUCUCCAGCCACAUUCCCCACAGAAACAUCUGACGACAGUACAGAAUGGGUCACAGCUAUAGGAGAGGACACCAUGAUGUUCUGGAGAGGUCUGAAGGACAUGGGGCUGCUGGAUGACAUCAUGGAAGAUCUGCAGAAAGAGAUUGAGGAAAUCCUCCAAGGCAUGCAGGAGCGUAUCCAGGAGUUGCCCCUCCAGAUGAAAGAUGCAGCUCUGCUUAACAACAUUGUACAGAACUUUGGUAUGUUGGACCUGGUGAAGAAGGUGUUGGCCAGCCAUAAGAGUGAAAUGGACCGCUGCAGAGAACAGUACACUCGAAGCUUAGUGGCUCUAGAACAGCAGUGUGACGAGCACCGCAAGCGUGCAAAAGAACUGAAGAGCAAAUCCCAACAUCUCAACAACGUCCUCAUGACUCUGACCCCUGUGGCCACACCUCCGACUCCCAAACGACCCCGCCUAACUCGAGCCGUCUCUGGCCCCGCCUCUGUGACGGUGAAUCCACCCACACAGUUCACCCUGCCUGUCACUCAGCUCACAGGAAUCCCUUUGGACAAAAUCCUCUCGGCCAUGGGGACACCCGUCCCAGCCCAGGCGCCUAUGUUCGGCGGAUACACGGUAUUAACGUCUUCAGGUGGGGCGGAACUGCAGCCUGACUCCAACCUGACUGUCCUGAGCUCAGCUGCUGUCCAGGAGGGGCCAGGAGGACCUGCGAUCGUUAAAGUGGUCAGCCCCUUUCAGCUGGUGACUCUGCCCACACUGCAGAACCUGGCUGCACCAGCAGGGGGAGCCUUAGGGAGCACUGUAGUGGCACUGCCUGUGAACACAGCUGCUGUAGAGACUGUAGGAGCUCAGAUAGAAGAAACAGUGGAGGAAAGCCCGGAAGAGCAGGAUAAAGACAGUCCGUGAGAGACCGAGAAAGCAGAGGAAACAUUCCAACCAAACCAGGGUAUUGAAAGAAAUGGGAAAGUUGUGAGGUGUUCUCUUGUGAAUGAGAUUAAACACUGUCCAACAUGCUAAUGGCAAGACUAUGUAAAUCAAGAGUUGGAGUGAUGCCUUAUAGGGUUGCCAGAUGAAUGAGAUAUUCUAUUUCUGGAUAUCAUUUCACAUUCCUUGAUCCAAAUGUGAAGUCAGCCACCGCUUCUUUUUUUGAAAGUGUUUAGAGGAAAGCACCAGAUCUCCAGCUUUUGAUACAAAAAGAUGCUUGUGCUCCCCCAGGAGAGAGCAUGGACAACUGUGAUUUUUCAGACUCUGCUGAGCCAUUCUAAACCAUUUCAAAGCUUAUUUUGAAAAGAUAGAUUCUGCUCUUUGUAUUCAUUCCUCUGUAUAAACAUUUGUUAAUAUUGUAAAACAUAAACUGAGGUGCCGCCCUAA